CUUUUUGAUCCAAUAGUUUUAACUAAAUCAAGGGCUAAACUAAAAAAUUUUUAAAUUUGAGUUCAUGUUUAACUUAUUGAAUUCAAAAUUUAAACUAUUAGAGAGUGAAAAUUGAUCUAUACUAAUAUUUAAAUUUUAAAAAUCGCCCCUUUUGGUCUAAAAUCGUGACUACGCCACUGUCAGAGGCGCCUUGAAUCGAUCAGUCAAUCGAUUCAAAGUCUCCUCAAUUGAUUGAGAGUCAUUCAAUCGAUUGGGAUCCGACCGUUGCGCAGGUUAUAGUCGUUGUCGAGCGUCUUCCUCCGCACAACUUCCUCUCCACUUCUUGCGACGAUUCAUUUUUACUUGUACAAGGAACACGAGGAUUGCUUGGUCGCCAUCACCCAAGAAGUACUCGAUUGUGGCCAUCCUAAUUAUGUCAUCUCACUUUGGGUAAGAUAAACCCUAAAUGCAUGAGGAAAUUCUCCUUGUUUCCAAAGUUUGUCAAAAAUUUCACUUCAUUCCCCAUAAUUGUUAGAAGACUCAUUAUUUCAUCCUUAAUAGGGUUGUAAAUGAACCGAACAUUCAUGAACAAGUUUGGUGUUAGGCUUGGUAAGAAUUUAUUUAUGUUCAUUCAAUACACACAAGAUCAAUUAAAUAAACAAGUUUGAAUAACUCUUUAAAAUAAAUAAAUAAGUUUAAAUACAUAUGUGUUCAGCUCCUUUAAUAUUUAUGAACAAUGUACGUGAACAUCAUUCACGAGCUGUGCUCAUUAAUAAAAUUUUUAUCAACAUGCUAAAUAAAAAAAAUUAAAAUGAAUAAAUAAGUUUGAGUUGUCCAGCUCAAUGAUCAAUUAAAUAAAUAGAAGUUUCAAACAAUUAAAUAAAUUUGAAUUGUGAACUCGAUAACACGAAGAACCAAAUUUAAAUUAAGUUCGAACUAAGCUUAAGUUCAUAAAAAAAAAAUUAAGCUAAGAUUAAACAAUCGUUUCAAUGACAUGAUUCACUUUAGAUUCGAGUAGACUUAGCUUGGUUAACUUAUUAUACAAACUUAAAUACUCUAAAACUUAUUCAGCUGAGCUUCUUUAGAGCCCUAACCCUUAAUGUAGGUUUAGUUGCUAAACUUACAAGAAAGGUCCUUGUCUGAACAUUUAUGACGCUAAAAAAAACUUCUUUUUGAUUUUUUAGACCCUUCACCAAAUAAAUUAAUAUGUCAACUUCCCACCAGAUAUCUCGCCGGUCCAGUGGACCAUCUCACUGCACUAUUGCUUUCAUUUAUAAUGCACUCAACAUAUAAUUCCAACUAAUAUAUAUAUAUAUAUAAUGCUUUUAGAGCUACUUAAAAUCCAAUAAAGGUUCUUUAGGAAUACUAUAAAGAUCUCCUUUCCUUCGCUUGCCUUCCUAUAUAAAGAAAAAUAUCCAGAGGAUAUAUAGAGAUCGGUGAUCGGAAAUGGAGUUGGGAAGAGGAGAGAUGUUGGUGGCCUUCUUCUCCAUGGCCUUGUGGAUUGGUGGCGUGACGAGAGUAGAGGCUCAGCUCAAGGUCGGAUUCUACUCUCAAAGCUGCCCUCACGCCGAGGCCAUUGUCAAAGAGGAGAUCGAGAAGGCCCUCGGAGACGACGAAGGCGUCGGCGCCGACCUGCUCAGAAUGCACUUCCAUGAUUGCUUCGUCAGGGGUUGCGAUGGUUCGAUUUUGCUAGAUUCCACCAACAGUAGCAAAGCCGAGAAGGACGCGGAGAUCAACCUCACGCUCGAAGGAUUCGACAUUAUCGACGCCGUGAAGGAGAAGCUGGAAGCCGCCUGCAGGGGAGUUGUCUCCUGCGCCGAUCUCCUCGCCUUCGCCGCCAGAGACGCCGUCGUUCAUUACGGAGGAAUUCAGUACGAGGUGCCGUCGGGGAGAAGGGACGGGAAGAUCUCCGUUGCCACCGACGCUGACAUCCUCCCUUCGCCGGACUCUGAGCUCGCCGCGCUCACCCACUUGUUCGUCUCCAAAGGGUUGAGUCAGGCCGACAUGAUCGUCCUGUCGGGGGCCCACACCGUGGGCAUUGCGCACUGCGACGCCUUCUCCGAGCGGCUGUACUCGGCAGCCCCGGCGCUGGAGGUGGAGUACGCGUCGGAGCUGAGGAAGCAGUGCCCGCGGGGGAGCAACAAUACCGCACCGAUGGACCCGCAGUCGCCGCACAAGUUUGACAACGGCUACUACCAACUCGUGCUCGGCGACCGCGCGCUGUUCACCUCCGACCACGCGCUGCUGUCCACGCAAGGCACGGCGGCGCAGGUGAAGAGCCUCGCCGGCGACUACUGGGGCUUCCAGAGUAAGUUCGCCGCCGCCAUCGUGAAGAUGGGCGCCAUCGGCGUCCUCGCUGGCUACGACGGUGAGGUUCGGGCCAACUGCCGAGUCGCCAACUGAGCAAUUAAUGUGCUGUAAUACAUUGAUUUGCGUAUGUGAUCGGUUCUCUGGUUACGUCGUCGUCUCUCAAAUUGUAAUAUUGUGUCGUUUUAUCUCGUGAUUUAAGAACGUCAAAUGAUUGUUGUUGUUU